AUGGUCACCUUGAAUAUUGAAAUCCUGUGGAAGGAGGCCUACGCUAGUAUCGACGAUCACCCCGAUGAUCUUCUUUAUUUGCGUUCGUUGAGUAAACAUCCGAAGGUGGAUCUAUGCGUCAACCUCCCUGUCAACAUCCUAUCCGGCCUUGCCCCCGUGGAAGCAUUCCAGCUUUUCGAAAGGGCCUGCAAGAAUUCGAAGAAGCUGGUGAAUGUCCAAGCUUGGGAUGAGGCCUCGCUGCAACUCUGUCAGCCAGACCAAGUGUUCUUUGGACCAAUGGAGGUAGAUGGUCAGAAUAUGAGGCCCUUCCCUUCCAGCUGGCCAACCGCUGACCAAGUAUAUUGGGAACCAGGCAUGUUCGCGCUUGCUGAAGCCCCCACUGAUAGCAAUGUCCCAUCAAUACUGGGGGCCCCUGGAGCCGAUCAACCUUUGCAAGACAUACCCACCUGCCUGCUAGGCCCGGGUGGUUUGGACGAGGAUCUGGUCAGAUGGAUUCUCCAACCAACUCCUCAGCAGUUGACCAGCCAACGGCGGAAACGAGGUACUCUGAAAGCAAAACGUGAUGGGAGCAAAAAUACGCUUCCGGGCCUGCAACCUAAGUCGGCGACUGAAAGCGACCUUCCCAAACAUGUUUUGGUGGACGAUCUUCCAGCUUCAGUCUGCUACCGCGACAUUAAGCUCUUUUACCUUAGAGACCUAGAUAGCAAACGUGAUGUCCUUUGUGCUAUCAUUGACUUUUGGAAUCUUAAAGGUCAUCCAGAAGGCGCUGACGGAUCCAAAUUUUUCAUGCACGGUGAUUACCAACUGGCAUAUUGCCCAAUCAACCAAAUCAUCUCACUAGCCUUCCGCGAUGGGGCUUUCCUCAAUACCGACUUAACACCAGAGCUAAUAUGGCGGCUCCGAGUUCCUAAACGCCGCCAGUCUCUUGACCUCCGAUGGAAGCCGGAGAUACUAGAUACCCUCCUUCGGCGACUUGAGCGCACUUCAUAUGGCUACGAACUUCACAAAUCUUUACCAAUGACAUAUGAUUCAAGCCGACAAGCGCUCCAAGCCCUCACCUCUAUCAAAGGCACGAAGCAAAAGGAAUACUUUCACAAUGCACCCGUGCUUGAAGUCGACAAACAGAUCAAGCAACUUCUCGGCCAGUCCGAUGUUGACGACUGUGACGCUGACACCUCCGAGGAUGAGUGUUGCGAGCUCGCCAUCCCCGAGUACGUCUUCCCUGAGCAAGCGCGACUUGUGGAAAAUUUCUACGGGCCUGAAGCGGAGUGCUUUGAAGCGGAUAAGCUACUUGCACGACGUAUCCAGGUUACCAAGGACAUGGUUGCACUCUCACAGCUCUGCGAACCGAAUCGGCGAGGCAACCAAAUCAACUGGGAUAUAGAUGAUGACGUUGAUGAUGAUGAACAUGAAAAAAACAUCUCACCAACGGGUGACGUGUCGAUUGUGGAUUUAUCGAGCGAAGGACAAGCUACUUUCCAACUAGCCUACACCAUCUAUAAAGAUCAGAAAGAUCAGUACGAGAAACAGCGGGAAGCACUCAAUAAGCUUCAAUCAUGGAUGAUGAGAACGGUUGCUUCUCGCUAUAGGGAGACAUGUUUUGGCUAUGAGAAAGAUAUCAAAGAAUGGUACAAUGCCUUGAAGGAGCAAGUCGGAUCAAAUGAGUACGAUAUCAAGCGAGAUAUCAAGGACGCGUACAGGCGUUCAGUGAAACCAUUAUCCAAAAUACCAAAAGACGUUGAAUUAUGGAUUACAAAUUGGGAACAGACAAUGGCUAAAGGUCUUGAAAGAGAUCUCUCCUUCGCCACGAACAUUGACGAUUGGUUCGAAGACUUUCUCACAGCCGUCAACUUGAUCAUACCUUCAUGGACUGAGGCCUAUCGGCUGACAAAGUCAAUUCAAGUGGAGGAAGGCACUCUGAGCUAUCGGACCUUAGCAAAUGACUUCCGCAAAGCUGUAAAGGCCUCUAGACCUGAUGCAAAAUCAAGAGUUGCUAAGGGAUCUUUUGGACCUACCUUUGCUGGACAAGGCACUGCGGAUGAAUCAUCUGAUUCGUCAAUCAACAGUGUCGUCGAAAAGCGGGUUAAAACAGGGAAGAAGAAGACUGGCAAGCAAUCAUCCCAAUCAACUCAGGACGCUGAGAGGGGAUCCCAAUCAACCCAGAAUACUGGGAGGGGAAAGAGACGGCAUUCCCGGAUUACUUCCCUUGUCACGGGAUCGGGGCCAAAAUGUCGUGCUUGCAAUCAAGGUCAUGAACUUCAAGCCUGUUACUACAUCUUCCCGAAUAAAGCUCCUGAUUGGUUUACGCCGAAGACAUCAGUGCAGCAGCGGGUUGAAGAGAAGCUCAAGAAUGAUCAUGGGCUAACAGAGGAAGUCAAACGACUUCAAAAAUCAAUGUUUAAAGGCAAGGAGGUAGGUCGGGAUGCUAAAUAUGAAAAUGAUUGA